GCUAAAUUUUCUACCCAUUUUCAAGAACCACCGGACACCCUAACCAACCGUUAAACAGCAGCAGUCAAGAAUCAAACAACCCCUCAAGACUCUUCUUCACUCGUAUUCUUGUUCUAAGAAACGACGGAAGAACAGCGAAAUUCUGGCUCUUUCUCAGUUUCUUUCGUAGAAGAAUCAGCGAAAAUGAGCAGUAAUGUGGUUGAAGAUGGUGGUUACUCUUCGCUAAAAGACUUGAAAUUGGAAAUCAUCACAAACGUGAGCGAUCUCGAUGGCACUUUUUCUCUUUGCUUUUGGCUGUAUCUACCUGCUGAUUCAUCCCCUUUUCCUUCUACCCUUCUUCGCCAGCAUCAUUCUGAUACAACUAGCUCUACCCCGUUUCUUUCAUUGAAUGCAAAUAAAGAAAUCGAGCUUUACCCAAUUCUUUCUGUACCAAAAGACACAUCAAUUCCUGAAGAUGUAGCUAUGGAAACAGAAAUUCCCACUGCAAGAACCAAGAUUGAUGUCCCUCUAAACAAAUGGAUUCACAUUGGAUGUGAGGUUUCUACUGAUACUAUACGACUUUACAUUAAUGGUGAGAUUGUUGGUGAGAAUCAUGUAGCUUACACUUCUGAUAGCUCAAAGAAAGUUUCUUUACUUGGUGCUAACAAAGAUGACUCAGUUGAGGGUUAUCUCUAUGGUGUGGAAAUGUUUCCUAUUACAUCUUCUAUUAAAGAUCACUUUGUUAAGGACCCUCCUAUGCAAAUGUGUGUUGAUAGUUCAAGUGCCAUUGAUAUUGAAGAAGACAAUGAUGGUGUGUGGACUGUUGUUGGUGGCAAGGCUUCUUGCCGUAGGAAUUUCUCCUUGGAUGUUGUUUUAAUGGAUGCUUUUGGGCACUUGGUCAACAAAGAAAUGGAGGUUGUUGCUACACUUACAUAUGCGGACAAUUAUGCACAUGUCGAAAAACCAGAUGAUGCAGAAGCUCCACUGCUGACAAGUUAUGAUGGAAUCGAGUUUGCUUCAUGGGACAGACCAAGUACACUAAUUAAUGGACAUGCUUCAUUUAAGCUCAAGAUAUCUCAGCUUUCAUCAAAGUGUGAUAACAAGUUGUUUUGUAUUAAAUUCAAUAUUCCGAAGAUGGGAAGAUAUCCAUUUUUUCAAGUGUUUUCGCGUUCUAUUCGGUGUAUUUCACGUAAUCGUACUACACGUCCAUCUACUUUGAUAUGGAAAAGGUCAACCACUCUUAUGCAUUCGGUCAAUGGAACCUUUGGGCCAGAUGGAGGAUCCAUUGAGCCCGUGAACAAUGUGGUUCAUGAGGCAAAACCAAGCCCACCAUCAAAACGGAUCAAGUUAGAACUUGCAAACCCCUUUGUGCAUUUAAAGCCUGAUGAUUCAUUCAAGCAAGGAUAUGAAGAACACCAUGAGGGUGAUAGAUCAAAUGGUAGGAUUUUGGAAGGUAGGGAAGAAAUAUACAAUUCAUCAUCUGACACAGAUAGUAAUAGUAAUAGUAAUAGUAAUAGUAAUAGUAAUAGUAGUGAAGCAACAAACUCAUGUAAAAGCAAUGGGAGUCCGGUUUCAGACCUAACUGUAUUCAAAUACUGCCUUGGAACCCUAAUUGAAAAAUCUCUUCUUCUAAAAGACCUUGCAACUUCUGCUUCCCAACAAGAUGUUAUGGACUUUGCCAUGCGGGUUUCACAGUUUUCUGGUUGCCUUCAUCAUCGGAACCAAAUAAGAAGUUCAAAGAAGAUGAUAGAGGAAGGAACAAAGGUCUGGAAUUCUGUAUUGCAGAAUCACCACCAUGUGUUGUGGGAUAAUAUGAUUCCGGUUUUAAGAGACCAGUUUAUCAAGAUUUCUUCAUGUCGGAAUAGAUUCUUGGUGCAUCAGGAUUUUGAGGUGUUGAGAAGAAUUGGUGGUUGCCAGGACUCAGUGACUCAAGAAAACUUUGAGAAGUUGUGGUGUUGGCUAUAUCCUGUGGCUUUUGCUUUAUCACAAAACGGGCUUAAUGAAAUGUGGGAUUCCAGAUGGAUUGAAGGACUUGUUACAAAAGAAGAAGCGGAAUCUUCACUCCAGGGUCCCACUGGGGGGCUUGUGGACCCCGGCACAUUCGUGCUACGGUUUCCUACAUCUAGAAGCUGGCCCCACCCUGAUGCUGGGAAUCUUAUUGUCACUUAUGUUGGGGCUGAUUUUGCCAUACACCAUAGGCUCCUCUCUCUUGACUUCUUUCACAGUUCUUGUGGCAAUGAAACGUUGGGGAAAUCACUGAAAGAUAUGCUGCUUGAAGAGCGAUUACAACAAGAAGUGUGCGUCUUGUUUGAGAUCAUAUGUGGACUUUUCGGAUCCACUGAAAAUCUACUAUAUCUAUUCAAGAUUACAGUUCUUUCUUCAUUCGACCGGUUUCCUUCAAGAAAUUACGCACGAGCGGUGAUUAGGACUGUGAAUAGGGGCUACUGUGGCGGUGGCCGGAAAUUGAUAUGUUGCCGCCGUGAUAAUAACAUCGCAAAGUGUCGAGUGUUUUCAACUGAAGCUCCUGGGACUUUACUAAAUGGUGAUGUACCAGGUCCUCCACCAGUUUUAAAUGGGAAGAAAGAAUCCACAACCGAUUUGUUUGAAGCUGUUUCUGAUGACCUUCUAACAUUGAACAAGAAUCUACAAUCUAUUGUUGGUGCAGAAAACCCGGUUUUAAUGUCUGCAGCUGAGCAGAUUUUUAGUGCGGGUGGAAAGAGAAUGAGACCAGCCUUGGUUUUCUUAGUGUCAAGAGCCACAUUAGCACUUGCAGGUUUAGAUGAACUCACGAGAGAACAUAGGCGUUUGGCUGAGAUCAUUGAAAUGAUUCAUACUGCAAGCUUGAUACAUGAUGAUGUGUUGGAUGAAAGCGACAUGAGAAGAGGUAAAGAAACCGUUCAUCAGAUAUAUGGUACACGAGUGGCAGUCCUAGCUGGCGAUUUCAUGUUUGCCCAGUCAUCAUGGUACCUUGCUAAUCUUGAAAAUCUCGAGGUCAUAAAACUUAUUAGCCAGGUUAUUAAAGAUUUUGCAAGUGGUGAAAUAAAACAGGCAUCAAGUUUAUUCGAUUGUGAUGUUAAACUGGAUGAAUAUUUAAUCAAAAGCUACUAUAAAACCGCAUCAUUAAUCGCUGCUAGCACAAAAGGAGCAGCCAUUUUUAGUGGUGUAGCCAAUGAUGUCAGCGAACAGAUGUAUCAAUAUGGGAAGAAUCUUGGCCUAUCCUUCCAGGUUGUCGAUGACAUAUUGGAUUUUACACAGUCAGCAGAGCAAUUGGGUAAGCCAGCUGGCAGUGACCUGGCCAAAGGAAAUCUUACUGCACCCGUGAUUUUUGCUCUUGAAAAAGACUCGAGGCUGAGGGAUAUUAUUGAGUCAGAGUUUUGUGAAACGGGGUCUCUUGGAGAAGCUAUUGAACUUGUGAUGAAUAGUGUGUCUUCCUCAGAGUGCUUUCCGGAUGGCUCUUGA